UUUGUCUCAGUGGCAAUGGAUACAGAGAAGAAAAUACAGCUUAAGAGAGAACUUGGAUAUUUCUGGGGGGUAAAUUUUUUAAUUAUCAAUAUAAUUGGUGCAGGAAUUUUUGUGUCUCCCAAGGGGGUGCUGCAGUACUCUUCCAUGAAUGUGGGAGUCUCCUUGUGUAUUUGGGCUGUCUGUGCUGUGCUGUCCAUGAUCAGUGCGCUCUGCUUUGCAGAGAUCGGAAUAACCUUCCCAUACACUGGGGCUCACUACUAUUUUAUCAAGAGAUGCUUCAGCCCGGCUAUUGCAUUCCUGAGACUUUGGACUUCCUUGUUUUUGAGCCCAGGAGUAAUUGCUAGCCAAGCUCUGCUACUCGCCGAGUAUGGCAUUCAGCCUUUUUAUCCCAGCUGUUCUUCUCCGAAUCUGCCAAAGAAAUGCCUGGCGCUGGCAGUACUGUGGAUUGUGGGAAUUCUGAAUUCUCGUGGCGUGAAAGAGUUGUCAUGGCUUCAGGCGGUGAGCACAGUGCUGAAGAUGGGCAUACUUGGCUUCAUUUCCCUCAGUGGCGUGGUCAUGUUGGUGAAAGGGAAGAAGGAGAAUGUGGGAAGGCUUCAGAAUGCAUUUGAUGGAGAGUUUCCAGAGAUCUCUCAGAUAAUAGAAGCUGUCUUCCAAGGAUACUUUGCGUUUUCUGGCGGGGGAUGCCUUACAUAUGUAGCAGGGGAGCUGAAGAAACCCAACAAAACAAUUCCUAGAUGCGUAUUUACAGCACUGCCUCUAGUAACUGUGGUAUAUUUACUGGCUAACAUUUCCUACAUGACGGUUCUGACACCCAGGGAAAUCCUCUCUUCAGAUGCUGUGGCCCUUACAUGGACUGACAGAAUCAUCCCCAAAUUAACAUGGACUGUUCCUUUUGCUAUUUCUGCCUCAUUGUUUAGCAGUCUUGUGAUUAAUGUACUUGAGGUAGCAAGAGUGGUAUAUAUUGCAGCCAGGCAUGGCCAGCUGCCACUGAUGUUUAGUACCCUUAAUGUUCACUCCUCUCCAUUCAUAGCUGUGCUUCUAAAUGUCAGUUUGGGAUCACUUGCAGUUGUCUUAACAAACUUAAAUGAACUGAUAAACUAUCUCUACUUUGCUUCUUCCAUUUGGACUCUGUUAUCCAUGAUAGGAAUCCUGAAACUGAGGUACCAGGAGCCCAAUCUACAAAGACCUUAUAAGGUUUUUUUACCUUUCGUAUUCAUAGGAAUCACAAUCAGCCUAUGCUUGUUUUUUAUUCCCCUUGUCAAGUCCCCAAAGAUGCAUUAUAUCUAUGUGGUCCUCUUCCUUCUCAGUGGAUGGCUGUUUUAUGUGCCAUUGAUACACUUUAAAGUGAAGUUGGUUUGGUUUGAGAAGUUGACUUGCUAUCUGCAAUUACUUUUUAAUAUUUGCAUCCCUGAUGUAUCUGAUGAGCAAGUGUCAGAAGUAGAAAAUUGAAAAAUAAUAGCCUUUAAUUACGACACCAUGUUCCAGAUAAAGGUUAAGUGUAGGCUGGAAUAGUAAUGAUGGCAAAUCUAGAAACUGAAAUGGUAUAUAGAAAAGUACCCGGGAAGUUCCUAGUUUUAAAAUGGCAAAGGAAAGGGUUGGGAAGAAGAUUCUACUGUUAAGGACACCAGUUGAUCUUCUGAAGGAGUGGACUUCAAUUCCCAGCUCCCACAUGGAUGUUCACAACUAUCUGUAACUGUCACAGGGGAUCCAAUGCCCUUUUCUGGAUUUUGCAGGCACUGUAUCUACAUGGUGUACAGAGAUACAUGUAGAUAAAACACCCAUACACAUUUAAAAAAAGAAAGAGAGAAAGAAAGAAAGAAAAAAAAGAAAGUGAAAACUAUCAAAGAAGUUGUUACACAUAUCAAAACCUCUGUUUUAAUAAAAAGUAAAAUUUCUAGUUUGUAUAGCUUCACAUAUUAGUGAUGUGUUUCUCAUUUUUCUGUUUGUUUAUCUCACCCAUUUUGUACUGAAUGUGUUCUUAUAGUAAAAAUUAAUGGUUGAAAAUAAAGAAAAAUUCUGUCAAUA